UAGACAUGGCGGCGCCCGAGGAGCACGAUUCUCCGGCUGAAGGGCCUCAGCCGGCGGUGCAGGAGGAGGAAACGAAAACGUUUAAAGAUCUGGGUGUGACAGAUGUGUUGUGUGAAGCUUGUGACCAGUUGGGAUGGACAAAGCCCACAAAGAUCCAGAUUGAAGCUAUUCCUUUGGCCUUACAAGGUCGUGAUAUCAUCGGGCUGGCAGAAACUGGAUCUGGAAAAACAGGGGCUUUUGCUUUGCCCAUUCUGAAUGCACUGCUGGAGACGCCCCAGCGUCUGUUUGCCUUAGUUCUCACGCCCACUCGAGAGCUGGCCUUUCAGAUUUCAGAGCAAUUUGAAGCCCUGGGGUCUUCUAUUGGUGUGCAAAGUGCUGUAAUUGUAGGUGGAAUUGAUUCAAUGUCCCAGUCUCUGGCCCUGGCCAAAAAACCACACAUAGUAAUAGCAACUCCUGGUCGAUUGAUUGACCACUUGGAAAAUACAAAAGGUUUCAACUUAAGAGCUCUCAAAUACUUGGUCAUGGAUGAAGCAGACCGAAUAUUGAAUAUGGAUUUUGAGACAGAAGUUGACAAGAUCCUCAAGGUGAUUCCCCGAGAUCGGAAAACAUUUCUCUUCUCUGCUACCAUGACCAAGAAGGUGCAAAAACUUCAGCGAGCAGCACUGAAGAAUCCUGUGAAGUGUGCUGUUUCCUCCAAAUACCAGACAGUUGAGAAAUUACAGCAAUAUUAUCUUUUUAUUCCCUCUAAAUUCAAGGAUACCUACCUGGUUUAUAUUCUUAAUGAAUUGGCUGGAAACUCCUUUAUGAUAUUCUGCAGUACCUGUAACAAUACUCAGAGAACAGCUUUGCUACUCCGAAACCUUGGAUUCACUGCCAUCCCCCUGCAUGGACAGAUGAGUCAGAGCAAACGCCUAGGAUCCCUUAAUAAGUUUAAGGCAAAGGCUCGUUCUAUCCUUCUAGCAACUGAUGUUGCAAGCCGAGGUUUGGACAUACCUCAUGUGGAUGUAGUUGUUAACUUUGACAUUCCUACCCAUUCCAAGGAUUACAUCCAUCGAGUGGGUCGAACUGCUCGAGCUGGGCGAUCAGGAAAAGCUAUCACCUUUGUCACACAGUAUGAUGUGGAACUCUUUCAGCGCAUAGAACACUUAAUUGGGAAGAAACUGCCUGUCUUUCCAACACAGGAUGAUGAGGUUAUGAUGCUGACAGAACGUGUGACUGAAGCCCAGAGAUUUGCCCGAAUGGAGUUAAGGGAGCAUGGAGAAAAGAAGAAACGUACACGGGAGGACGCUGGGGACAACGAUGACACGGAGGGUGCUAUUGGUGUCAGGAACAAGGUGGCUGGAGGAAAAAUGAAGAAAAAACGAAAAGGCCGUUAAUUUCUUUUAUAAAGAUUCAAUUUCAGCCUUCUGUUCCAUAAAAGGGGAUUGUAGAAGAAAAUGAAACUCCCACACAGGGAGUCUGACGGGCCUAAUCCCGGGUCUCCAGGAUCACGCACUGAACCGAAGGCAGCGCUAAACCGCUGAGCCAUCCAGGCUGCCCAAGAAAUAAAAUGUAAAAAAAAAAUA